CUGGCCGAGGUUCUGUCAAGGGAGAGGCCAUCCAGCAGAAUGGUUAUGGUUCAAUUCAGUUUAACUCAGCAGAGUUUGUUGGACAGCGAUGAUGUGCCAGGAACUGUGGCGUGGAAUGAAACGUGCAAGGACUGGCUGGAGGUCCAGUCUGCCUUGGAGAAGUACUACCUCCCCAUCUUUUACGGCUUUGAGUUCGUCGUGGGCAUGCUCGGGAACWCCACGGUGGUUUUCGGCUACCUCUUCUGUCUGAAGAACUGGAGCAGCAGUAACGUCUACCUGUUCAACCUGGCCAUCUCGGACCUGGCCUUCCUGUGCACACUGCCCAUGCUGAUGCGAAGCUACGCCAAGGGAGCCUGGCAGUACGGCGAGGUGCUCUGCGUGAGCAACCGCUACGUGCUGCAUGCCAACCUCUACACCAGCAUCCUCUUCCUCACCUUCAUCAGCGUCGACCGCUACCUGCUCAUGAAGUUCCCUUUCCGGGAGCACCUUCUGCAGAAGAAGGAGUUCGCCGUCUUGAUCUCCUUGGCCAUCUGGGCGUUGGUCACCUUGGAGCUGCUGCCUAUCCUCCAUGUGAUCGGCCCGGUCACCACGGAGGAGGGCACGAGCUGCAUCGACUACGCCAGCUCGGGGGACCCGCGGUACAACCUCGUUUACAGCCUGUGCCUGACCUUGGUGGGGUUCCUGGCGCCGCUGGCCGUCAUGUGCUUCUUCUCCUACAAGAUCGCCAUCUUCCUGCAGCAGCGGAGCCGGCAGCUGAGCGUGGCGCAGACGCUGGAGAAGCCCCUGGCGCUGGUGGUCCUGGCUGUGGUGGUCUUCUCCGUGUUCUUCACGCCCUACCACGUGCUGCGCAACGUGCGCAUCGCCUCGCGCCUGGGCAGCGGGCAGGGCUGCACGCAGGUGGUCAUCAGCUGCCUGUAUGUGCUGUCGCGCCCGCUAGCCUUCCUGAGCAGCGCUGUCAACCCUGUCUUCUACUUCCUGCUGGGCGACCACUUCAGGGAGAUGCUGGCCAGCAGGCUGCGGCAGGGCUGGAAGUUCCUCGCGGCGCUCAGAGGGUGA